GCGCGCGUGCAGGUUUCUUCAGAGGUCCGGAGGAGACUGACGCGAAGUCACGAGACCGCUGGAGCGGAUUUACCGGGAGUAGCGCGUGCCAUUACGCACCGGAUCGGUCCGCGUGGGUUCGGUUCGUGUGAAUCACGGAGACGCCGCGCGGCUGUGACUUCUCCGAACAAGCGCAGGACGAAGAGGAGGACGUCCGUACUCACACCGGAAAGUUGGCGGGAGUCGCAGCAUCUGGAUAUUUCCCGCGUUCAUGGGUGGACUCUCCGACACGCGCGCAUGGUGAUGGGCAGCGGGUCGGUUCCGGUCUGAACGGGCUCGGCUGGGGGGGAGGGGGGGUCCACGCCAUGCACGCGCACCAUGACAGCGGAGCGUGAGUGAGAGACACCGAUCAGACAGAGAGAGAGAGAAUGAGACUUCCUGACCCGUGCUGGAUUCCAGCUGCGCGCGCCAUGAUCCUGAUAAACAUCGUUUCUCUGCUACUGCUGGAUGUGUGUGUUAGUGAGUCGGAGAUGGGCCCCCCCGGAUGGAGGGAACCGCUGGACUGCGUCCGGGCCUCCGAGCUGUGCAACCAGAACAGCCAGUGCAGCUCUCGGUACCGGAUCAUGCGGCAGUGCCUGUCCGGCGGGGACAAGGAGCGCAGCGCCAUGCUGGCCUCGCGGGAGUGCCAGGGGGCGCUGGAGGUGCUGCAGGAGUCCCCGCUGUACGACUGCCGCUGCAAGAGGGGCAUGAAGAAGGAGCUGCAGUGUCUGCAGAACUUCUGGAGCAUCCACAUGGGCCUGACUGAAGGUGAGGAGUUUUACGAGACGUCUCCGUACGAGCCAAUCCACUUCUCUGAAGAGUUCAGACACGCCUCCAUCAUCUCAGACUCGUCUCUGUCCAAGGUGAGCCCCUGCUCCGAGGCGGGGAAACCCUGUAAUCCUUGUCUGGAUGCCACUAAAGCCUGCAACCUCAACGAAACGUGUAAACGUCUGCGCUUCGCCUACAACUCCAUCUGCAGCAAGGCCACGCCCCCACAGUCCUCUGUGGCCAAUCAGGAGCCAUGCAGCAGAAAGCGGUGUCAGAAGGCUCUGCGGCAGUUCUUCGAGCGCGUCUCCUGGGAGCUCAGCUAUCCGCUGCUGUUCUGCUCGUGUCCGGACCAGGCGUGCGCCGAGCGCCGCCGCCGCACCAUCGUCCCGUCCUGCUCCCACCAGGAGAGACACAGGCCCGGCUGCCUGGAGCAACGGCACACCUGUCGCUCCGAUGCCCUUUGCAGGUCUCGGCUGGCGGAUUUCCACACAAACUGUCAGGUGACCCCCCACACCGCCACCAGCUGCCCCCACGACAACUACCACGGCUGCCUCAUGUCCUACGUGGGCCUCAUAGGCUCAGAUGUGACACCAAACUACAGCGACAACAGUCCCAGCAACAUCAGCAUCAGCCUGUGGUGCAGCUGCAGGGGGGGCGGCCAGCAGGAGGCGCAGUGCGAGGCCUUCCACCGCGACUUCACCCACAACACCUGCCUGAAAAACGCCAUCCUGUCCUUCGGCUACGGAGCAGAAGGAGGGGGGCCCCUGGUGACCGAGCUCCCGUCCACUUUUCUGGCCCCCGCCCGGCCGCCAGUCAUGUCCAAACCUGCCCCCUCACUCCAGGCCAUCAAGCCCCUGGACACGGCCUGCGUGUUCUCCACAUGCGCUAACCUGCAGGAUGGGGGGGAGAAGUGCGUCCCCUCGGAGGAGUUCGAGUGCGAGGAGUCUCUGCUGGCCCGGGGGGCAAUCGGCUCCCAGGACCCGGCGGGGCCCAGAAGCCGCGGCGGGGAUUCUGCUCCGGGCCCUCACCUGUGCGUUUGUGUGUCCGUCCUGCCGGCGCUGCUGCGCCUCCUCUCAUUGUUGUGAACGCUAACACACACACACACACACCAACACACAAACACACACACUACCAAUGGACAAAGCUGGACCGCUGAGGAGGACUCUCCUCUGUGGUUCUGUUCAGCCCGGCUCGGACUCGGCUCCUCUGAGAGCCACGGACCCCCAGAACAUGUACGACCCCCCGUGCUUCUGCCAGUCUGUCCACCAUGUCGUCUGUGGAAAACGUCCAGUGGAAGAGUGUGUGUCCCAUCAGUGUGUGAGUGUGUGUGUGUACAUUUGUGUGUUUGGAGGCAAAAACAAAGUAUUUAAAAUCCUAAAAAAGCUGCAAACUGAAACAAGACCUUUAGUUGUGAGGCAAACAUGACAGAUUUAGAAAUAUCUGAUGGUCAUUUGGUCCCAACAACACGUCAAAGGAAGGUUUUCCAGAGUAUCUUUUUGAGGAAAUCAGAAGAUCGUUGGAGGGAUCUGACAUCGUUCUUCUGCCCUGAUUCAUUCAAACACACAGAACACAGGAAUUUGGAACAUUCCUGCAGGAAUGCUGAUAAAUGCCCCGCCCCCUUCUGUUAUGGUUGACACACGGCGCUUUCAGGAGAGAACCAAAGAUGAAACGGACCAAAAA